AUGGCGGGUGGAAGUGGCGAACCUCAAGGCGUGGAUUUGAUGCAGUUGGCUCUUCCUCAGCUGAACAUGCUGAAGGAAGAAAUCGAGCAGGAAGUUGAGAUGCUUCAAGGAUCUCUGCAGCAACUGAAGAUAGCACAGACACGUUUUAUAGAAUCAUCGGAGAGUCUUAAUAAGUUCAAGAAGCCGGAAUCCGAAGGCAAAGAAAUUCUAGUUCCACUAACAGCAUCUCUUUAUGUUCCUGGGAAGUUACAAGAUAUCAAUAAUGUUCUCAUUGAUGUUGGAACGGGAUACUAUGUGGAAAAGACUUUACCCCAAGCCCAGGAGUACUUCAAGAGGAAAGUAGAUUUUGUGACGCAGCAGAUGGAGAAAGUGCAGCCUGUAUUAAUAGACAAGUCUAAAAUGAGACAAGUUGUAACAGAAGUGAUGAAUAUGAAGAUCCAAGCUCAGAUGUCUCAAGGUCAAGGUCAAGCCGUCAAGUCAUAGCAUUCUCCUGCCAUACGCUGUUAGUAAAUGUAGAGUUUGUAGACUUAGUGUUCACGCCUGCAGUAGUCCAUGAAACCAAAAUUCACACAGCAGACCAGCAGAUACUGAGAGGAGUUCUCAAAUGAAUUCCAUAAGUUUAUGUGUCACUUUUUGUGUUAAACAAUAGAAAAAUAGAUGGCGAUUAUCCAAGGUGUUUUUGAAUAAACAGACGGAAUGUCGCAAAGUUAAAUUUUAAGAAAAGUUUAAUUUUCCAUUAUCUAUAUGCAUUGAAAUCUUGCAUGCGCACGCGCGGGCCACUGUGCCACACCUCGCCUAAAAUGUGCACUUCACUGAAUAACGUUAAUGUUAAGAGCACUAGCACUUAACUUUCAAUAAAAGCAAAGCAGUGUCUAUCUGAUUAUAUACAAUAAGCCAGAACACGGUCAAAUGUUAUUUUCUCUGUACAGUGCUUUGAAUGGAAUUAGAAAUAAGGAAAUUUGUUAUACCCAUGAUCCAGGUCCUUUAAAAGAUACUGUUCUGGUCCCUAAAAAGCUCUUUAAAAUUUAUAUCCCCAGGGACCGAUUUCACAAAGCAAUUAAGAUUGAUUCAAAUUUGAGAUCAAUCUCUAGCUAGCUCUUUGUGGAACUGAUUCCUGUGACAUUUAUUUCUUUUAAAAAUUGUUGGCGAUGACUCUUGGUCUUACCCCUGUGAGUCAGUAUACAUGUAUCAGAGUUGUAUGGUUCGUUUUUGAAAGGGCAAGGGCACCAAGGCAUUUUCUUUUUGGUAUA